UUUGUCUUUCUGCGGUACCCUCGAGGAUGCCGUCCUUUGUCGACCUGGUUGUUGAUGAUAAUGAAAUAAUUGCAGACAUACUAGCCCAGAAGCCGGAAGUCGAAGAUCACCUGGGAUCGACCAUAAUUGUUGACGGCUGCCCCGUUGUGGGUCCUGCGAAGUACGAUCUUCUAAAGAAGUUUUUGUUGGAAAAGUUUUCCAAAUUUGGAACAAUCACUGAACACGACUUCCCACAAGAUGAAGAGAGGCAAACGAAAGGCUACCUGUUUAUCACAUACGAUAAUGGAAAAUCAGCGUCUCAGGCCGUUCGAGCGAUGAACAACACCCCAUUGGACAAGAGCCAUACAUUUCACGUCAAUUUGUUGGCUGAAUACGAACGAUUAACGAAUGUCGCCACUGAAUGGAAACCCCCUGUCAAACAACCAUAUAAAGAUUUCGGCAACUUGAAAAGUUGGCUUUUGAACGAAUUUUGCCGGGACCAGUUUGUUGUGGUUCAUAAUGAUGGCGAAAUUGGGGCGGUGUUUUGGCACAAUGCAGUCGAACCCUCACUUGUGGAGAAGCGUGAGCGAUGGACAGAUGGUUGGAUGCGAUGGUCCCCUCGAGGAACGUAUCUUGCCACGAUGCAUCAACAAGGAGUGAUCCUGUGGGGUGGUGAAGAGUUUCAACGUGUUGGUCGGUUUCCUCAUCCAGGAGUGAAAAUGAUUGAAUUCUCACCGAUGGAAAAUUUCAUGAUCUCCCUCAGUCCCAGUGCUUCCGCUCAGAUGGACGAAUGGGAUCGACCCAUGGCUGAUGUGAUUUUCUGGGACGUUCGUAGAUGCAUGAGUCGUCGCGAAUUUUCCAUCCCCAUCGAGGCACACCCCAUGUUCAAGUGGUCCCACAAUGAUGCCUAUUUUGCUUGCCUACGUGAUGGUUGUAUUGUAAUCUAUGAGACCAAUACAUUCCGUCUUUUGGACAAGAAGCGAUUGGGUGGCAACAUUCGGGACUUCUCUUGGUCGCCGGCUGAAAAUAUACUCGCUUAUUGGGUUCCCGAAUCUGAUAACACUCCUGCAAGGGUUGUUCUAAUGGAAGUGCCCAGUCGGGAGGAGCUGUGUACAAAAAACCUUUUUUCGGUCGCCGAGAUCGGUCUUUGCUGGCACGAACAAGGUGAUUUUCUGGCCGUUCAGGUUCUCCGCUGUGCCAAGAAAAAAGUAGACAACGAGAAGCAAGUCAAAUACGUAGGUACUUAUAUGAACUUGGAGAUUGUACGUAUGCGAGAAAAGCUCUACCCAGUGGAUCAGCUUGGAGUCAAAGCCUCAAUCACCUGCUUCCAGUGGGAACCACACGGUACCCGUUUCGCCUUCCUUCAAACCGUGGCCAGCGGAAAGCUCUCGGUAGCCAUCUAUGAUGUCCCUCGCGGAAGUAGUAUACGUGAAGUGACUGUGAUUGAAGUUCCGGCCGCACGAAACAAUGAACUUCGUUGGGCACCCAGAGGUGGUCUACUGGUUGUAGCUAGCUUGAAGAGUGCCGACGGGUACUUGGAGUUCAUUUCGGCCAACGAAGCUCAAUCACUGGCAAAAGGAGAUCAUCCUAUGGUGAGCGAAAUUCACUGGGACCCCACAGGGCGCUACCUCGCCACUGUGGUUAGUAGCUUCUAUCAGAAGAACGAUAACGGUAUUUGGUUCUGGAAUUGUGUUGGACGUUGCCUGUUCAAAAUGCCCCUGAAUGGACUGCGCACGUUCGCCUGGCGCCCGAGACCACCGUGCUUACUGUCUAGCGAACAGUUACAGGCUUUGAAGAAAAACAUGCAGAAGUACAACAAUCACUUUGCCAAUGAGGACCGCAUGCUUGCCUCGAAGGCCAGUCGGGAGUUGUUGGAGAAACGACAACGUAUGGUAUCCGAAUUCAAUCUUUGGAAGAAUGCACUUAUCAAACAGUUCAAUUCGGAGAAGCAAGAACGUAUGGAAUUACGAGGUAACGAAAAUGCUCUCGAUGGAGAGCAACAGAUGGAGGAGGAGUUGGAAUUUUUGGUCAGCACAGUCAAAGAGGUUCUACGAAAAAACACCGAGGAGUAGUAAGAGCCCCGUACGCCGCUUUCGGUCCGUCGUGCUCAUGACGCCCAUCAGAGGCCAUCGGACGUCACUGGGUACCGCGCCUCCCCAAUUGAUCCUCCUCGUUUUCCCAAUUUCCCCCGUCCAAACCUCGCCAGUGAUCGCGGUUCUGUUGUACCUUUUGGCACUUUUGGCAACCCCAUUUUCUGAUCAUCCGCGACAAAUGCCUCUACCGAAUGAACUUUGGAUCCGGAU